AGACACAAACACAGGCAUUCGGUAUAUGUCAAAAACAAAAAACAAAAACACAGGCAUUCGGUCAGUUAGGGUUCGUCCCAGCCGCCACCUACCUCCUGGCCGCCGCAGCUCGAUCUCCGGCGACCGGUGGCGCCGCCCUCCUCCAGCAGGCGGAACGAGAUCCCACGGCCGAGAAGACCUAACUCCGGGAGCCGAUUCGUCGAACCCUGUGGCCUCUGCCCCGACCCGAGCUCCCAACCGGCCGGCCACCUGCGAGCUUCGCCGACGAACUCUUUGCCGUCGACCUUCUGAGCCGGCGAACCCCCGAUACCCCCUGCUCCGCCACCAGACGCGACCCACUCCAGUUCAAGCCAGACAUCAGUUAGCAAUUGUGAUUGUACCUGUUUCCCAGCUUCAUCUUGCUUUGUACCGAUUCCUCCUUUUGGCUAGCUCCAGAAUGGGUCUUCUCAGCAUCAUCAGAAAAAUCAAGCGCAAGGAAAAGGAGAUGCGGAUUCUCAUGGUUGGCCUGGACAACUCGGGUAAGACGACUAUUGUGCUCAAGAUAAAUGGAGAGGACACCAGUGUCAUUAGCCCUACACUUGGCUUUAAUAUCAAGACCAUCCAGUACCAAAAGUACUCGCUGAACAUAUGGGAUGUCGGGGGACAGAAGACCAUCCGUUCAUAUUGGAGGAACUACUUCGAGCAGACUGACGGCCUAGUUUGGGUGGUUGAUAGCUCUGAUGUCCGAAGGCUUGAUGAUUGUCGUGCUGAGCUCCACAAUCUCUUGAAAGAAGAGAGACUAGCUGGAUCAUCAUUGUUAGUCUUUGCAAAUAAACAAGACAUCCAGGGCGCUUUGAAGCCCGACGAAAUCGCCAAGGUUCUGAACCUUGAAGUGAUGAACAAGGACCGGCACUGGAAGAUCGUGGGGUGCAGCGCCUACAGCGGCGAGGGUCUGCUCCAGGGUUUUGACUGGCUGGUUCAGGACAUUGCCUCCCGCAUCUAUGUCCUCGACUGAAAUAACACCCCUGCUGAUUCAUCAACCGUAGACUGGAAUGGUUUUGUAUAUCAGUAGAUAUAUAAUCUCUGCUCUGAACCGGAUGCAGAUUUUCAUCUCUAACCUUUGGCAGACGUGUAAAAUAUACAUGAAGAUACACUAAUGCUAUGGAUGAUUAAUUCGAAAUCA